CGUUACGCAUACCACACUCACAAAUAGAACUCUUCAAUUGCGCCCCGCCUACCCCAAUCUCAACCUACCAUUGCCGCUCGGCCCAGAGAGACGCAGCCCUGCAACGUUUCUUCUCCUCGCCCUAAGGUCACUCUCUCUUUGUCGGUCUCGCCAUCUAGGAACCCUACUCUCUCGCUCUGGACGGAGGAUUGCAGAUUACAGGAAAGUCACAACAGGGAGAAUCCUAGGGAAACUGCAGAGAAAGUUAUCAAAUUCACCCUUGGUCUUGGCUUCUCUUCAUAGAGUCACUUCUCUAAUGUAUUCAUGCUAUAUUGCUGUGGGUUACGAUUGUUUCAUAACUCUCUCUCCCUGAGUGUUAGCUCUGUAUCUCUUGCGAAGAGGGAGGAAGCCCUUUGAUGAGGACACGCAAUUGUGGAGUAUUUGGAAUUGCCCAAUAAUGGAGUUGUGAUGCUAGAGAAACAAAUGGGUAGGUUCCUUCUUCUCCCCUUCAUCAACAACAAUCAGUGUAAGCUGCGCCUCACAAAUGCAUAUUCCCAGAGGUGGAGAUGGCUUUACCUAGAGGAAGGAAGAGCUUUCAAUUGUGGAAAUUGCUUCAAUCCUCUUUCUCAAAUCAAGGAGCAACAACAGAAAAUUGUUUGCGGAUCAUCUAUUGAUACAAAUAAAUGCUUCUUGAGAUACCGUCAUCCGUAUGGCUUCGGGGAGAAGAAAAAUAGCAAGCUUCCUGUUGUAGGGGCAUUUUCACGAAUCACCCAGUUUGCUACAAGCGCAAGUUUGGAAGCAAGAAAAGAAAAUUACUAUAGAAGUAUUUUCCCCUUGUCGAGAUUUUCCACGGCCUUGGAAUUUGGAGUGAAAGGAGAAUCUGCACAUUCAAGAAUCUUGGAUAAUCAUGAGAUGGAAGGCAAGGAAAAUAUCAUAAAACCAAUGGUGGAAUUCAGCAAAGUUGAUAUAGGGAUGCUCCCGUCCGCGAUACUUGUUGGGCGCCCUAAUGUUGGCAAGUCGGCGCUCUUUAACCGUUUAAUACGAAGGAGAGAAGCUCUUGUUUACAACACUCUAGAUGAUCAUGUUACUCGGGACAUACGAGAAGGUGUUGCCAAAUUAGGCGAUCUCAGAUUUAAAGUAUUGGAUUCAGCUGGUUUAGAAAUGGUAGCCACUUCAGGAAGUAUUCUUGAUAGAACUGCUGGAAUGACUGCAAAUGUGUUGGCAAGAUCUCAUUUUGCAAUAUUCUUGACAGAUGCUAGAGAUGGACUCCAACCACUAGAUCUGGAGGUGGGGAAGUGGUUGCGCAAGAAUGCACCGGGAAUCCGUAUCGUCUUGGUGAUGAAUAAAUCUGAAUCAUUGGAUGAGCAUAGUGGAUCCCUUACUGGAGUGGUAGCAGAAGCUCAUAGUCUAGGUUUUGGUGAUCCUAUACCAAUCUCGGCAGAAACGGGAUUUGGCAUGGUGGAACUCUAUGAAGCCCUUCGCCCUCUUCUAGAGGAAUAUAUGAUCCAAAAGAUGGAGGAGAAAUGCCAUCAGGAUGAGAAUGCCACAAAAGAUGUUGAGGCAAAGUUGCCACUGCAACUAGCUAUAGUCGGACGCCCUAAUGUUGGAAAAUCCACAUUAUUGAAUGCAUUAUUGCAACAAGAACGGGUUUUGGUUGGCCCAGAAGCUGGAUUGACAAGAGAUUCUGUUAGGACGCAAUUCGAGUUUCAAGGACGGACAAUAUAUUUGGUGGACACUGCAGGUUGGUUGGACAGAACAAAGCAAGAAAGAGGACUAUCAUCCUUGAGUGUUAUGCAGGCGAGAAAGAAUCUUAUGAGAGCUCAUGUGGUUGCCUUGGUACUUGAUGGCGAAGAGAUAGCAAAAGCUAAAAGCAGUAUGCGGCAUGCUGAAGUUGUCAUUGCGCGACGUGCAGUGGAAGAAGGUCGUGGGUUAGUUGUUGUGGUGAACAAGAUGGAUCUUCUAAGAGGGAGACAGAAUACAAAGUUAUAUGAAAAAGUUAUAAAAGCUGUUCUUGAAGAAAUCCAAACUCUUCUGCCUGAGGUUACAGGUAUACCUGUUGUAUUUGUGUCGGCAUUAGAAGGAAGGGGAAGAACAACCAUAAUGAAGAGGGUUGUGGAGAUAUAUGAGAAGUGGUGUCUAAGGUUGCCAACUGCACGCCUUAACUGUUGGUUACGCAAGGUUAUGAGUAGGCAUUCAUGGAAAGACCAAGCUGCUCAACCCAAGAUCAAGUAUUUCACCCAAGUCAAAGCUCGGCCACCGACAUUUGUAGCCUUUGUAAGUGGGUCAACAGAGCUUGCUGGCACAGAGAUAAGGUUCUUUGCGAAGUCUUUGAAAGAAGAUUUUAAUUUGGGUGGUAUUCCCAUCCGCAUUACACAAAGGUGUGUUCCUCGAAAUAGGGAUCGUUCCCUUCAAAAGUCCUCAUCAGCAAAGGCAAAUACAAAAUCAAACACCAAAACUCAAUGUAGUUUUACUUCUGACAAGAGAAUGUUGUCAUGUGACUAGUAAAUGUUGGAUUUCUUUCAUUCAACCCAUAAAGAUGGUAUGGAGAGUUAGAGCAACUCUAUAGUGGCCACUUUCUCCUUUCAGAUGGGUGGGUGAGGUUCAUAUCCACAAUAUAAUAUGUGCAACAAGUGUGUGCAAUCCAACUAUGGGUUGGACACUAAUAGAAACUCUACACUCAUCCGUUUGGCAUUUGUGCAAUGAAACAAGCUUCUAUCUAUUGUUCCCACAUUUGAAGCGAGUUAAUAUCAACCUUGUCUUUGAAGGCCCAGGGAAGCAAGAUGCAGAGCAUUGGGGUGUUCAGAAUUUUUUGGCUUUGCUGAGGAGCUUGGUUGUACAUAUCCUAAACUUUUUGUUUGGAAUAGAGCUAAUCAAAUGCAAUUGGUUCUCAA